GCUUGAAAUAAUGAAGCGUGGAAGAUAUAACAUCCAUGGAAAGUCCAAGUAUCCAAACUCUUCUGAUACAGUGAGAGCUCCCGAAGUACAAGCAGGAUAAGGAGGAUGCAACAAGCCCUGCUUCAACCCUGUAGGUCUUUCUCGUUUCUCAACUUUUCAACUCAAUUCUUUGCUUUUAAUGGUGCCCCAAAGUGGCAACACUCUCUUAAAAGAACUUGUUACCCCUUUACCGCCACCGGGGCACCGAAACCUUUGUAUUUUUCGUGGAAAUUUGCGUCUUUAAGAUGUACCCAGAUUGUGUUUUGCUCUCAAAAUGAAACCUUUGAUGAGUUUUCAAGUACCCGGAUGCCCGAAGGACUUGAAAAUGGCAGUGGAAUUGAAGAUAAUGAGGAGGUUGAACUGCUUAAUAAGCCUAGACCAACAGCUUUUAAUAAUGGGUUUGUCUCUAAUGUUGAUAAAGAAUCUGAGAAACUUGGUAAAGAUGAGGCCUUGGAGCCUUUUUUGAAGUUCUUUAGGCCCGCUGAAUCAUUAGAAGUAGAAGACGAGGGUGAAUUAGGUGUUUCUGAGGAGGAAAGUGAUGAAGUGAAGAAGGUUGGUGUUGAAUACUAUGAGCCAAAACCUGGUGAUUUUGUGGUUGGUGUUGUUGUUUCUGGUAAUGAGAAUAAACUCGAUGUGAAUGUUGGGGCCGACAUGUUGGGUACGAUGUUGACGAAAGACGUACUGCCUUUGUAUGACAAAGAGAUAGAUUAUUUGAUGUGUGAUUUGGAAAAUAGAACUGAGGAGUUUAUGGUUUAUGGGAAGAUGGGAAUUGUUAAGGAUGAUGAUGCGAUGAGUGGGGCAACAGUUCCUGGAAGGCCGGUGGUUGAGACCGGGACUGUGCUGUUUGCCGAGGUUCUUGGAAGAACACUUAGCGGCCGGCCUUUGCUCUCCACUAGACGGAUCUUCAGGAGGAUUGCCUGGCAUCGAGUGAGGCAGAUAAAACAACUCAACGAACCUAUAGAGGUUAAAUUUACAGAGUGGAACACAGGUGGCUUGCUGACAAGAAUCGAGGGUUUACGAGCUUUCCUUCCAAAAGCUGAGUUGAUGAAGAGAAUAAAUAACUUCUCUGAGUUGAAGGAAUAUGUGGGCCGCAGAAUGCAUGUGAAAGUUACUCGAAUAAAUGAGGCUAACAAUGAUUUAAUCUUGAGUGAGAGGGAAGCUUGGGAAAUGAUGCAUCUUCGAGAUGGAACACUUUUAGAAGGAACUGUUGUGAAAGUUUUACCGUAUGGAGCCCAAGUAAGAAUAGGCGAUUCCAAUAGAAGCGGGUUGCUCCAUAUUUCAAAUAUGAGCAAAUCCCGAAUUACUUCUGUUGCUGAAUUGCUUAAAGAGGACGAGAAGGUCAAGGUUCUCGUCGUGAAGUCACUCUUUCCUGACAAAAUAUCUCUCAGUACCGCUGAUCUUGAAAGUGAACCUGGCCUAUUUAUAUCGAACAAAGAGAGGGUAUUUUCCGAGGCUGAAGAGAUGGCAAAGAAGUACAGGCAAAAUCUACCUCCAGUUUCUGCUCCUCGAAAUAUCGAACCUCUACCAGCUGAUGCUUUAUCCUUUGAGAAUGAAGAAAGUCUGUAUGCAAAUUGGAAGUGGUUCAAAUUUGAGGGAUAGAAUGAAUCAAGUUGAGUUUUGAGGUCGGAAUGCUGGAAUAUUUACUUCUAAAAAGGGAGGACUUGGGUCUUAUAUUUCCCAGACUGCAUGCAAAAUCUACAUGAUGAUUUCUGGAAGGAAAAGAACACUUUGGCCAUUCUGUUGGAACUAGAGAAAUAUGUUCUUCCCUGCAUUCUACCUCAGAUAGUCGGAAAGAGACAUGCUUCUAAGGAAAUCGAAGUAAAAGUAUCGAUGCAUCAACAUGAUCUCUGUUUGUAACAAAUAUUGGUGUUAUGAUUCUCUGGUUUUCUGGGUUUUAUGCUUAACCAUAUCUUAAUUGCCUUG